AUUCUCUUUAAACUUGAUGACCUUGAGCGGAAUAGGAGGUUCCUAAAUUGCGAUCAGAAGGGGUAAACUUCUCUCGUUGGAUUUCUCGUAUUACCUUUAUACUCGUAUUCGACUUUACACGUGAAAAGUGCAGAUAGCGUAAUACAGUAAUCGCGGGGUUUGUAAAAAAUAGAUCCCCCGUUAUCCCUGCGUUAUAAUCGCUAUAGGAAUACCUCAGUGGCGAGAUCUCGUAACGGAGAGACUCAACCGCAUGUCAUUUCUACUUAAUACGUGUACUGUGAUUGUCCUUCCGUACAAAGUUCACGGAUUGUCACUUUGUGCAAUCGUACUCGGCGCGUGUCUGCUCGAAGGCCGUCGUACACGACGGCAGUCGAUUAAACGCGAGACGAUGGAACGCGGACGUGACACGUGGAAUUUCGGGCAGUGCUGAUAUCGUGCUACUGUUGAUCCUGCUGGAUUUUUAUUCUCGAUUAGUCUAUCCUCGGCGAGGCGAAAUCGAGACACACUUGUCAAGUCGAACGACAGAAAAAAAAGAACGUCAUGCCCUCCAGAAGAAGCAAAGGUGGCCUCCUGGCCAGGGUAAAUUUUCCCCUGUACACGCUACAGAUGUUGACUAGCAGGCACAUCCUGGUGGGAGGUGGAGGAGGUUCCUCCAAGACUGGAGUUGCCAAUGGAUUUGAAAUCUUUGAAUUAUCACACAAUGGAACUCACUUUAUCGCCGAGGAGGUAACCAGGCAUGAGACUGGCCCCAGCGUAGUUAUGAACUGUGCCUCGCACAACAACGGCAAGAAGACAUGGAUAGUUGCUGGUCAGGAGAGUCAUUGUCAACUGUACAAUGUAAACUCCAAGGUAGUGACCUCAGAGAAUGGAGAGCUGAUAAAGGGGCCAGCAGCAUCAAUAGCGGCAAACAAAGAUGGUCUCAGGCAUAGAAAAAAUAGUGAAAAAGUCACAGAGGAAGUUCAGUCACUGAAGGAGAGGACAGAAGAGAUCAAAGACCGAGAUGAUAACUCUAAUGUGAAAUGUAAAAAGUUGCAAUUAAUACUUAAACCUGCUGAUAGUGUACAGACAGCUUUUGGCGAUGGUGAGCCUCUACAAAGAAUCGUCAGAGUGAGCCUACAUGGGAAGAUCAUGGCCACAGGUGGCACAGACGGUAAAGUGAAAUUGUGGAAGUUUCCGCAAUUGCACAAACUAUAUGAUCUUGAUGCUCACGGGAACGAGAUAGACGAUAUAGACUUCAGUCCAGACAGCAGUCUAUUGGUCAGCAUCGCCAAAGAUGGUAAAGCGUUCUUGUGGAAUGUGAAAGACGGCACGAAGGACAAGGAGCUCACUUGGAUACCAUCCAAUGGCGCAAAAUAUGUGUACAAGAGGUGCCGUUUUAGAAAAUUGUUGGAAGACAGGACGAGGACCGAUCUAUUUAUGCUCUCUAAUGCCGUCAUGGCGAAGAAUCCUAGUUACCUUCAGUUGUGGGACGUUCAGACUGGUGCUAUUGUGAAAUCUGCUUCUUACAAGGAAACCUUAUCGGCUCUGGCCGUUUCCGACAACGGUCACUUUGUGGCUGUCGGCACGAUGUUCUCGGGCAGCGUCGAUAUAUUCGUGGCAUUUAACCUGAGGAAGGCGCUACAUGUGCCCGGGGCGCACAGCAUGUUUGUGACCGGUUUGGAAUUCCUACCAACAAGUUUGGACGGUCCUGCGAUUACUAGCAACACAGAGACCGCGGUCGUCAGCAUCUCCGUCGACAACAGGAUUUGUAUACACAGUAUACCAUUCAGACACACACUGCCAUUCUGGUUCGUCAUCAUACUGAUAGUCAUAUGUAUAUGCGGCGCGUUCGUUCUCUGCAGCUAUUUGGGCAUAUGACCCAUGAAAUGCGUGACCGAGGCAAUGAAGCAGGAUGCCGCCUUCUCCCGGUUACAUUGCGCCUCGUAAAAAUUAUAUACCGAAUCGACGGUUGUCCGCGCAUUAGUGCAUCGAUCGAAAUACAAACGCAACGUUUAUUAACGCACGAUCCACACGAGCACGAUAAUCGCGGCGGUGGCCGCGCGGAAGCUCCGCAUUACGUAGACAUAAGGAACGGGUGCACAGCAUCUCUCGUUAGAAGAUGCGCGUACGGUAAUUAGCUUGCGCAACAAAAAAAGAGUGCACCGUAACUGCGAGCAUGCACAGAGUUAGGAUUAUAAAUAAGAGCAUUCUCGUUUAUUUCGCGGUCGCGGUCACUCGCGUUAUCGAACAAUAGCUGAAUUCGUUGUUGUGCACACAGAUGUAAAACUCUCGGGGGUGUCUAUUCCGGAACUGUUCGAAUGCGAAACCUCCGAUCGUGAUGAUUGCCAUUUUUCAUCGAUUCUCUUCUUCUCCUUCUUCUUAUUAUCACCUGGAUAUCUGUGAAGUGAUCGGAGUGUUUUCGACGAGUGAUGAACGGCGCGCUUCCGGUCGGAAUCGCGAACGCUUUCGCGGUAGCUCUUCGCGAUGUGCAAUUUAGGCGACUCGACGACUCGUCGGUCGAGGUGCUACUGUGAUAAAUGGACUACGUCGCAGCGGAGUUGCUUCCAACUGGUUGGGGCCGUACCAUCUAGCACAUUGAUGUACAUAGAUUUGUGUGUUGCGGAUUUGUAGCGCGAAAGAUAUUGAAUUUAGCACGGCGCGUCUACGCGUUAUCUUCCGUUUGAGUACGGGUAUGCUCAGGGUAGCCCUUUCGUCGGCCGGCGCUAAGUCGAGAUUAAGUAACGUACGCGCUUCUCGUACUCGUCCAAUGGCGAAUGAUUGCGUUUUUCUCUUCUCUUUCGUGUCGCAGACAGGAUUUUGCGACACAUUGCGCUGUAACAUAUUAAUUGCAUUUGUGUAUCACCUACGAUACCUACGUUCGUUUUUACCACACAUUACACGUAUUUCCGACUACGUAUGUUCCGCCCACGGCACAAAUCAGACGAAAGGGUGAACGUGAAAUGAUAUUUAUACGAAUGGACACACUUGGUUGCGAAACGGUUUCGGCGCAAUAGAACAAGGAGCGCGCCAAAUUGUCACGAUUAAGAGCCGCUACUAUGACAGACUUCCGUCUGUCACGUGCCGUGACGGAAGUCAUGACCGAAGUGACGAUAAACAAUGUAGAUAUCGGCCCUUUAUAUUAUAUACUUUUAUCUAAUAAAUAAUAACAUGAUAGAAGUGUAUACUUACACGUUUCUCCUGUGUGUGAGUCCUCCGUUGUUGUUGUUUCAACAUCGGAUACCUCGCGCUGUGACUUCGACUCUAGUAGCUCUCUCAGUCGAGAGCAUAUAGAUUUUACGAAUACUUCACUUCGUUGUGUCUAAACUGUUUUGCAAUCAAGUUCGUAGUAAUUGUCAUGUUACAUUUUACUUAAGCUUGGAGUUGGACUUUAUUCACUAUGGCGUUCUCUAAACUUUCCGAAAAAUCUGGUUCCAUCGCGCGCUUUAUGCUUGUUUUAUACAUCCCUAACGCGGAUUCGUUUUCAACGCAAGUAUCCAAAUUUAUCCGAGUCAGUGUGUGUGUAUGUGUACGAAUUAUCGUAAAUGACUGAUUGAGACUUUUCGAAGGAACGGAAGACGGAUUUUUAAGCGUCGACCACUUGAUUGAUAAUAAACAAUCGGAACGAUGAUAAUCGA